CCUCUCUCUCCCCACUCUCUCUCUCUCUCUCCCUCCCUCUCCCUCCUCCUCUACUUUCCACGGGCGGAGUGUGUGCGAGUGUGUGCUGUGGAAUCUUUGCAGACGGGAGCGAGCAUCACAACGUUGAUGUGGGCGUGUCGCCGGAGAAGUCAUGGGGCGUGGCCUGGUCCACUUCCUGUUUGUCCUGUGGGCCGCCGCCGCCGCGCAUGCUCAAGUUAACCCAGAAAUGUGUCGCUACCCGCUGGGCAUGAGCGGCGGCCAGAUCCAGGAUGAGGACGUCUCCGCCUCCAGUCAGUGGUCCGAGUCCACCGCCGCUAAGUUUGGGAGACUGGACUCUGACAACGCCGACGGGGACGGAGCCUGGUGUCCCGACAUCUUGUCCCAGUCCCACGGCCUGAAAGACUACCUGCAGGUGGACCUGCGCUCGCUCCACUUCGUCACCCUGGUGGGCACCCAGGGGCGCCACGCUGACGGCAUGGGCAACGAGUUUGCACAGCGCUACCGGAUCAAGUACAGCCGGGACGGCAACAGCUGGCUGGGCUGGAGUGACCGGAAGGGACAGCAGGUCAUAGAGGGGAACCGGAACGCGUACGAUGUGGUGCUGAAGGAUCUGGAGCCGCCGAUGAUUGCGAGAUACGUUCGCUUCAUGCCGCUGACCGACCACUCGUUGAUCGUCUGCAUGAGGGUGGAACUGUACGGCUGCCAGUGGCUCGAUGGUUUGGUGUCCUACAGCAUCCCAGACGGGCACCAGAUGAUCUCCAGAGGUCUGGAGGUCUACCUCAAUGACUCCGUGUACGACGGAGCAUCAGGCCUAAGACUGACCAAGGGUCUGGGCCAGCUGACCGACGGCACCUGGGGUCUGGACGACUUCCUCCACAGUCACAUCUACGCCACGUGGCCGGGCUACGACUACGUGGGCUGGAGCAACCGGAGCUCCCCCAAAGGUUACGUAGAAAUGACCUUCGAGUUCGACCACGUCCGCAACUUCACGUCCAUGAAGGUCCACUGCAACAACAUGUUCAGUCAAGGUGUUCGGAUGUUCCGGCAGGCCACCUGUUACUUCCGCUCCGGCUCACAGUGGGGGGCCGACCCGGUGACCUUCAGGCCGCCUGUGGACUACGUGAGCCAGAGUGCGCGUUUUAUCACCGUGCCGCUCAAGGACCACACCGCCAGCGCCCUCAAAUGCCGUUUCCACUUCAGUGACCUGUGGAUGCUCUUCAGCGAGGUGGCCUUCCAGUCAGGCUCGGCGGUUUACAACACGUCGCUGACGCCUCGCAAGCACGGACACCCGGCAAACGCACUACCAGGGGAGGAUCCCACCCACAAAGUGGACGACAGCAAUACGAGGAUCCUGAUUGGCUGCCUGGUGGCCAUCAUCGCCAUCCUAUCGGCCGUCAUAGUCAUCAUCCUGUGGCGCACGGUGUGGCAGAAGAUGCUGGAGAAGGCGUCACGCCGCAUUCUGGACGAGGAGCUGACGGCACGUCUGGCAGUGCAGACGCAGGCCUUCUCCUUCUCCUUCCGCCACUCCUUGUCCUCCUCCAACUCCACCUCCAACUCCACCUACGAGAGGAUCUUCCCGCUCUGCUCCGACUACCAGGAGCCCUCCCGCCUCAUCCGCAGGCUGCCCGAGUGGGCUCGGUCCACGGAGCACCUGGGACCCGGCGGCUCCUGCGGGGCCCUGGCGGACGGCGGAGCGGACGGCGCCCCGCACUACGCUGAGGCGGACAUCGUCAGCCGCAACCGCUCCGUCACGGCGGUCCACCUCGACCUCUUUGCUGGCCCCGACCCGUCCAUGAGGGAGUUCCCCAGAGACAAGCUCACCUUCAAGGAGAAACUGGGAGAAGGACAGUUUGGAGAGGUGCACUUGUGUGAAGCAGAGGGCAUGCAGGCCUUCUUAGAUGAGGACCCCUCUGCAGAGGAGGAGACCCCCCUGCUGGUGGCUGUGAAGACACUGCCAGAAGACGCCAACAAGAACGCCAGGAAUGACUUCCUGAAGGAGAUCCGCAUCAUGUCCCGCCUGAGGGACCCAAACAUCGUGCGUCUCCUGGCCGUGUGCGUGGACCAGGACCCUCUGUGUAUGAUCACUGAGUACAUGGAGAAUGGAGACCUCAACCAAUUCCUGUGUGGCCUCCGCCUGAAGGAGAGUGAGGAGGCAGCACAAGAGGAGAGGGAAGACAUUAGUAUGGUCAGCUACAAGAAACUGAUGGACAUGGCGGUGCAGAUAGCGUCCGGCAUGAAGUACUUGUCCUCCCUCAACUUUGUGCACCGUGACCUGGCCACACGCAACUGCCUGGUGGGCAAGAACUGCACCAUCAAGAUCGCAGACUUCGGCAUGAGCCGCAACUUGUACCGCGGGGACUACUACCGCAUCCAGGGUCGCGCUGUGCUGCCCAUCCGCUGGAUGUCCUGGGAAAGCAUCCUGCUGGGUAAGUUCACCAUGGCCAGCGACGUGUGGGCGUUCGGCGUGACUCUGUGGGAGAUUCUGACUCUCUGCAAGGAGCAGCCAUAUUCCCACCUCUCCGACGAGCAGGUCAUCGAAAACACGGGCGAGUUCUUCCGGGACCAGGGCAAACAGGUCUACCUGCCUCGGCCGCCGUCCUGCCCUGGCGGCGUGUACGCCGACCUGAUGCUGAGCUGCUGGCGAAGGAACGCCAAGCAGAGGCCCGGCUUUCAGGACGUCCACAGUCAGCUUGUGGGGAGCCUGGCGUAGCAGCGUGCUCUUUUCGGGUGGGAGUCACAUUGAACCCUGCCAGAAGUUAUCCACUUGUUUUAAACUACUUUGCAACAAAGACUUGUAUAUAAAGGUAGGGAAGUGGCACUUGAACUUUACUCUAUGUAUUUAUUUUUGUAUUAUUAUACUACAAUAACAUUACGGUGUGUAUUUAACUUAAAUGGAUAAAGAAACACCAGAAAAGAUGUAUUUGAAGCACUCUACAGCUUACUAUGCCAACAUUCACUUCACAGUGCAAUGAUGCUUUGUUUGACCGGAAAAGAACUCCUAAUAUGGGCAUUGCUGUAAACUCGGCAAUGCUGCCCCCGGCUGUCUAAAGGAGGAAGUGCACCUUACCGUUGAUUUGAACACUAUUCUUAAUUCAUUCAACAUACAUCCCUAUUCAGUGUUUAU